GUCUAUCUUGUGAGUCCGCGCGUUGUCACGUUUUUCCUCUGUGAAGCUUUCGGGCCGAGGGGAUCCAGGGCAGAGCGUCCCAGUGAGCCUUCUACUUAACAGAAAUGACUGAGGCAGAAGUAAAUCCAAAAGCUUAUCCACUUGCUGAUGCUCAGCUCACUAAGACACUACUGGAUCUUGUGCAGCAAUCUUGUAAUUACAAACAGUUACGCAAAGGAGCCAAUGAAGCCACUAAAACUUUAAACAGAGGUAUUGCAGAAUUCAUUGUGAUGGCUGCAGAUGCUGAACCCCUUGAGAUUAUCCUUCAUCUCCCGCUACUUUGUGAAGACAAGAAUGUGCCCUAUGUGUUUGUGCGCUCCAAGCAAGCCUUAGGCCGGGCAUGUGGUGUUUCUCGGCCUGUUAUUGCCUGUUCCAUUACUAUCAAAGAAGGCUCACAACUGAAGCCUCAAAUUCAGUCUGUCCAACAAGCUAUUGAAAGACUAUUGGUCUAAAUCUGACAAAAAACUGGGAAAAACAAGACUUUAUAUGAAUAUUUUGUUCAACAACUGUUUGUAAAAUAUUUGCUUUUAUUAGGUUUUUAAAUCUAGAAGAUUAUUUUCUUCAGUCACAGCUUGUUGUUUAGGCCUUUAACUAAAGAUUGCUUGCUCAUUCUUUUAAGUCAGGAGGAGGCAAAUUUAUGCCCUCUAAAGAUUUAGGACAAUAACUUGCAGUUGCCAGGCAGUAUUGGCAAGAGGUAAAGAUUUGUGGGAGUUCUAGUUAGAAAAAUAGUUCUAAUCCCAAACCACUGAAGUGGGUGAGGAGCCUGCUGACUUUAGGGAGGGGGCUAUCUGGAAACUCUGCAGCAUGGUCAAAUUUUCACCUUGCUUUUUGAUGGAUUUUAAGGGUGGGAAUUAGAGGCUUCCCAGAGAUAACUUACCCAGAUUUCUAUUCUAAAACUGCCCAGAUGUUCAGAAAAUAGGCUGAAAUGGCUCUACCAGAAUUUAGCAAGUUUGCCGGUGAAUUUUAGUGGCAUGACUUCAAGAUGCUUGGGGUCCAAAUGCAGACUGCACACUGGUCACCUCUGCUUGAAAGGGUAUUAGGUUGCCUAUCCCUGCAUUUAAAUCCUUCUGAUGCAAAACAAUUCUCCAAUGGGAUUUAAACUAAUUCUUUGAUAAUAACUAGCUUCACUUGAAGAUGAGUUUGUGUAUAAGUUAGUGUUCAAAUAAUACAAAGUAUAUAAUGUUUUGUUCAAUAACCGAUGGCCUGUUGAAGGUUAUUUGGUUUUUUGGAGCUAGCCUAGAAAAAAAACAAGGCUUCCUCCCUAACCUGAUACAGUUUGAUAGGACAGCAUUGUAAGAAACAUUUUUUCAUUUGCUCUUUGUUACUAUAGCUAGAGGCUUUAACUUUUUCAGAAAUAAAUUACAAUAAGUAACAUGUCCAGUAUCUAAUGUGAAAUUGAGCUAUAGCACUGAUCCUGGUAAGCGUACUCUUCUAAUUUUUACCAAGUCAGUGCUCCAUUAUAGAAAGAAGUGUUGGGAUGCUGGCCUUCCCUCUAGCCUUCCACUGCAGCUGCAUAAGGAUGAAAUGACAGCAAGCUAUUGGCACUGUUUUAUCAGCAAGACUUUUAAACAUUAUGGAGCAUUGUGAAUGUUCGUUAUUUCUGCUUUUUCUUUUUGGCCCAGAUAGAAGAGGAACAUAGCAAACAAUUUUAGUAUGGCAUACAUUUUUUAGAUGCAUAAAUAGGAUUAUAUGUUGCAUGUGUUAAUCUGCUCACCUAUGCAAGAAUGCCUGUCACUCAACAGUCGUUAUGGUGAUUGGGCACUGUUAAUAAAAUUAUUACUGUCUGUA